AUGUCCCACUCUCACGAACAUUCCCAUGACCAUACUCACGACGAGAUCCCCGCCCCACCCACGGACGGGUGGAAGACCGAAGGCGUCCGCGUUAUUCCCGGUAACGACCUGGACCACAAUACGCACUCGACACCGGGCAUGGAUCGCGCCGCGGCGAUCAACUUCGCCCGGGUCGGCGCCAAGAAGAUCUGGGCGGGCACGGUGCACAUCCACCCGGACGCCAAAACGGGCGCGCACCACCACGGCCAUUUGGAGAGCGUCAUCUACGUGCUGAAGGGCAAGGCGCGAAUGCGAUGGGGGGAAAAGCUCGAGUUCACGGCCGAGGCCGGGCCCGGCGAUUUUAUUUACGUGCCGCCGUACGUGCCGCACCAGGAGAUCAAUGCCAGCGCGGACGAGGAGCUCGAGUGCGUCCUGAUGAGGAGCGACUCCGAAGCCGUCGCCGUCAAUCUGCCAGAUCUCGAGCCCGUUGAGAAACCCACGACCGUCAAGUGGAUUGACCCUACGCAUACCCAUUGA